UGUCGGUCGCCAUUUUCGAUUUCGGCGACGAACAAAUUCGAGAGCGAGAAGUGUACAAGUCUGAGGCCGGAAAUGCUCCAACGGGGAAUCCACCAUCUGAGCUGCGCUCUACUGCUUCUAGCCCUUCUACCCCGUCCAUCUCUCGCACGCCCCUUCGUCCUUGUUUUCUCCCAAGACGACUUGUCCGACCCUGCCGCCGUACCCAAUCACCCCUCCCCGGCCGAAGACGUCGCCGAUUUCGACGACUUUCCGGAGUCCGAAUCAAAGCCUGACUCUGUCCUCGACCCGGGUUCCUGGUCCCCACUCUUCGAACCUGAUCUGAAUUUCAAAAACCCUAAUCCAAGUGAUGAUAAUGAGGUUAUUUAUUACAAUGGGGUGAGAAAGAUGGUGGAGGCGGCGAGCAGAGGGGAUUUCAGGGUUAUGGAAGAGGCGGUGGCCGAGAUCGAGGGCCAGCCACACGGGCAGUCGGUGAUGGGAUUUUUGUUUAGUAUGGGAAUUGGGAGGGAAAGGAGUGAAGGGAAGGCGUUUUUGCAUCAUUACUUUGCGGCACAAGGUGGGAAUAUGCAGUCGAAGAUGGCCCUAGCUUACACUUUCUAUCGGCAAGAAAUGCAUGACAAAGCAGUUAAGCUGUAUGCUGAAUUGGCAGAGGUGGCGGUGAAUAGUUUCCUUAUCUCAAAAGAUUCACCUGUGAUUGAACCAAUUAGAAUCCACAAUGGUGCAGAGGAGAAUAAAGAAGCUCUUAGAAAGUCCAGAGGUGAGGAGGAUGAAGAUUUCCAGAUUCUGGAAUACCAGGCACAAAAAGGGAAUGCAGGAGCUAUGUAUAAAAUUGGAAUAUUUUAUUACUUUGGUUUGAGAGGUCUGAGGCGUGAUCAUGGUAAGGCACUGCGGUGGUUCUCGAAGGCAGUAGAGAAGGGUGAGGCUAGGGCAAUGGAACUUCUUGGAGAGAUAUAUGCAAGAGGUGCUGGGGUUGAAAGGAACUAUUCUAAGGCUCUAGAAUGGCUUACGCUUGCAUCGCGACAAGAACUUUAUUCAGCCUACAAUGGCAUGGGAUAUUUAUAUGUAAAGGGUUAUGGAGUGGAGAAAAAGAACUACACUAAGGCAAAAGAAUACUUUGAGAAAGCUGCCGACAAUGAAGAACCUGGUGGGUUCUACAACCUGGGGGUGAUGUAUCUCAAGGGACUUGGGGUGAAGCGGGACUUGAAAAUAGCGACCAACUACUUUGCGCUGGCUGCUAAUGCAGGCCAACCAAAAGCAUUCUACCAAUUAGCAAAGAUGUUUCAUACUGGAGUGGGGCUCAAGAAAAAUCUGCCUAUGGCAACAGCACUAUAUAAACUAGUGGCGGAGCGUGGACCAUGGAGUUCCUUGUCUAGAUGGGCAUUAGAGGCAUAUCUGAAAGGUGAUAUUGGCAAGUCAUUCCUUUUGUAUUCAAGAAUGGCAGAGAUAGGGUAUGAGGUGGCACAAAGUAAUGCUGCCUGGAUUCUUGACAAAUAUGGGGAACGUAGCAUGUGCAUGGGGGAGUCUGGACUCUGCACUGAUGCUGAGAGGCAUCAGCGUGUGCAUGCCUUGUGGUGGAAAGCUUCUGAGCAGGGUAAUGAACAUGCUGCUUUGCUGAUAGGAGAUGCAUAUUACUAUGGUCGGGGGACAGAACGUGAUUAUGAUCGUGCAGCUGAGGCAUACAUGCAUGCUAAAUCCCAGUCCAAUGCGCAAGCCAUGUUCAACCUUGGAUACAUGCAUGAGCAUGGGCAAGGGCUACCAUUGGAUCUACACCUUGCCAAACGUUACUAUGAUCAAGCCCUAGCAGUUGAUCCUGCUGCAAAGUUACCUGUAUCACUAGCCCUUGCCAGCUUGUGGUUACGAAGAAAUUAUGCCAACAGUUUCCUUGUUGAUAUGAUCGACUCACUUCCUGAAGUUUAUCCGAAAGUGGAGGCUUGGGUGGAGGAUGUGAUAAUGGAGGAAGGAAAUGCAACAAUUCUGACGCUUUUCCUCUGCCUCCUUACCGUUCUUUACCUACGGGAGCGGCAGAGGAGACAUGCUGUUGCUGGUGACAUGGUGCCCCCGCAGCAGCCUGUUGAGCAGGCUGCACCUCUAGUUAUGUGACCUCAUCAAUCACUACUUUUUGCCUUUUCCAUGUAGAGAGGGAUGUGUCUUCUCUUUCCAAGAGUUGAGAUUUGUCUGCAGGAAGAUGUAUAGUGUGUGAUAUUCAUGAGCUUGGUUAAAAGAGUAAUCUGCAUCCAUGUGGUAAAUAGAAGGCUUUCAACGAGAUGGAAACAAAUGUAGAAUUUUUGUUAUAGAUGCAAUGUAAUCUGGCAGAUAAGGACACAUUUAUCAUUUGUACAAAUGAACAAAAACUAACAAAUGAGAAAGAAUCAGAUUUUUAUAGUACUUUGUUUUGCUCGUCACUUUCAAUGCUCAAAAUAGUUUCAGAGCAUACCUGUGUUAAGUUGGACCGGGAAGUAUUAAGAGCUCAUGAUUUUGGUGCAUUCUGACUGGUCAUCGGAAUGGGGCUAAUGUAUUUUUUUUAGAAUAAGUGUCUGGAGUAUUUGUGUC